UACUAUCACUGUAGCGUUUAUUUAGCCAAUCUCCUAACUAUGACGUGAGGAAGGCAGGAAUCAUGGCUCGCUCAUAAUAUUUAACACACCCACUGAAAGCUGGAGCUGCAGAGCUACUAGUCCAACCAGUCUCCAGAAUUCAGUGUAGCUGAAAGAGGUUUUCACUCUGCACCUGCCAAAGAUCUCUCUCUCCCCCCCCUCCUCUUCCCUCCUCUCCCCCUUUCUCUUUUCCUUUCUCUCUCUCUCUCUAAAAGGCGGAUCUGUAAGACCCAGCAGAGAUCAAAGCCGGGACCUCUUUGCUAAAAAGAACCUCUACUGAUUUAUAUUAGUUUCUUUCCUCUAAUCCUCCCUCCCCUCCCUUCCUGUUUUUUUUUCCCUUUCCCUUUCUCUUUCCUCUUCUUCUGUGCCAUAUUUAACCUUUAUGUUGCAGUUGUGCCACCAGACAAUUUUGCGGCCAAAAAAAACCAACCCAAGCCAAAGCAAAAGCCCAGCUUGGAUACAGCAGCCACCCAGACUCGAGCUCAGUUGAACAUAUUCAUCUCUCCCAAGCGCUGGACGCGAUGGAUGAAGAAACUGCAACUGCUCUAAGAAAAUGAUUUUCCAGCCCAUGUUCUUAAACAGCCUCAGAGAAGAGAGGGAGCGAGAGCGAGCGGGAGAGCGCUUCUGCUGCAUCACUGGGCAGAUUGAAAGGAAAGGAGUCAGCGUUUCCAGCACAGCCAAAUAUUAUGGAUGAUCUUUUUUCUUCUGCUGCCUUUACGUCCAGGUUUUCGUAAUAUUAUUCUUCUCCCCACUCCCCCACCCUCCCCCCCUUUCCUCCUCCGCGACUCUUUUCCUUUAUUUUUCUUUUUAAUUGUAAUUAUUAUUAUUUUAUUGAAUCACAGCUAGUGUCUGAUGCCGGUUCCUUUUCAAGAGCCAGUUUUCCCUUUUUGUUGUGAUCUCUGUAACAAGAAGAGAGAGGAAUCGUGAACAGAUGGCUUUCUACAAAGCAAUGCCGCUGGCAUUGUUUUCCGAUUGAUUUUAAAGGCUCGGUCCGGUGUUCAUUUUUAUUAUUAUUAUUAUUAUUAUUAUUAUUAUCCUUUUUUAUCCCUUCCCCCUCCUAAGUUCUUGAUGCUACUGAGAAAUGAGGACCUAUUGUUUUUAGCCUGUUUAUUUCUCGGCGCCUAUGGAGAUAACUUUAUUGACUUGAUCGCUCGCAUCCCGAUCCGAAAGGAGAAAGCCACGAUCCCGGGGGGGGAGCUGGAAGACCCACGCCCGCCCGGGCUUUUUCCACGAAAGCGCUCCCGGCCGACCCUGCCGCCUCCCCUCCCUCCCCCUCCCCCGGUAAUUUAUUAGCCGCCCCGGCCAUGAAAAUGCUCCUGGUCCGCAAGUUCCGGGUGCUGAUCCUCAUGGUGUUCCUCGUCGCCUGCACCAUGCACAUCAUGAUCGACCUGCUGCCGCGGCUGGAGCGGCGGGGGACCGAGGGCCGCCCCGGCUGCUCCUGCCCGCCGCCCGCCGCCGCGCCGCCCCGCGCCGCGCCGCGCUGGCCCAGCAAGCACACGCUGCGGAUCCUGCAGGACUUCAGCGCCGAGCCAGGCUCCAACCUCUCCUCGCAAUCGCGGGAAGCGGCGGAGCGGGCGGCGGGCGGCGGCGGAGCCGGUGCGGACGGCGGGGGGGCGGAGGGGGCGCGGACGCGGCGGCUGAUCCCCCCCGGGGCACCGCGCCCGCCGCCCCCCGCCGCCGCCGCCGCUGCCCCGCUGGCCGCCCUCUUCCAGCACCCGCUCUACCGCCUCGCCCUGCCCCCGCUGGCCGACGGCGACCUCCUCUUCAAUGUCAACAGCGACAUCAGGUUCAACCCGCGGGCGGCCGAGCAGACCGAGUGGCAAAACGAAGACCAUGAAGAAUUUUUACCAACUGGAGAAACCUCCAUAGACUCCUACCCAAACUGGUUAAAAUUCCACAUUGGCAUUAAUCGGUACGAGUUGUAUUCCAGACAUAAUCCUGCAAUUGAGGCUUUACUGCAAGACCUGGUCUCCCAAAAGAUAACCAGUGUUGCGAUGAAAUCAGGAGGCACCCAGCUGAAGCUGAUCAUGACGUUCCAGAACUAUGGGCAGGCAUUGUUCAAACCAAUGAAGCAAACCAGAGAACAAGAAACCCCACCUGACUUUUUCUAUUUCUCAGACUAUGAGAGGCACAAUGCAGAGAUAGCAGCCUUUCAUUUGGACAGGAUCCUGGAUUUCCGCCGCGUGCCGCCAGUCGCGGGUCGGCUCGUGAACAUGACAAGAGAGAUACGAGAUGUUACCCGUGACAAGAAGCUCUGGAGGACCUUUUUCAUCUCUCCAGCCAACAACAUCUGCUUCUAUGGGGAAUGCUCCUACUACUGCUCAACAGAGCACGCCCUGUGUGGAAAACCAGAUCAGAUUGAAGGGUCUCUGGCUGCUUUCCUACCUGAUUUGUCUUUAGCUAAAAGGAAAACCUGGAGAAACCCCUGGAGACGUUCCUACCACAAGCGCAAGAAAGCAGAGUGGGAAGUCGAUCCAGAUUAUUGUGAAGAGGUUAAACAAACACCCCCAUAUGACAGUGGGACCAGAAUCCUGGAUAUAAUGGAUAUGACAGUUUUUGAUUUCCUAAUGGGUAACAUGGAUCGACAUCACUAUGAAACCUUCGAGAAGUUUGGAAAUGAAACAUUUAUUAUCCACUUAGACAAUGGAAGAGGGUUUGGAAAAUAUUCCCACGAUGAACUUUCCAUUUUGGUGCCUUUAAACCAGUGCUGCAGAAUCAGGAAGUCAACCUAUCUGCGCUUACAGCUGUUAGCCAAGGAGGAGUACAAACUCAGCCUCCUGCUGAAGGAAUCCUUACUAAAAGACAAAAUAGCUCCCAUCCUCUACCAGCCUCACUUGGAGGCGCUGGACAGGCGGCUGCGGAUUGUCCUGAAGGCUGUCAGUGACUGCAUAGAAAAGGAUGGCUAUGACACCGUGGUGGAAAAUGACUUGAACACUGAUGCUAACACUGUUACAACCGAGAGGUAGUGACCUUGCAAGACCAGCCAAGUGGAGAAGAUUCAAAGAGGAGACAAACACACACACACACACACAGACACAAAAGUCUUGCAAAAGACUGUGUAUGCCACUUGUGAAUUCAGUGAAUUCAGACAUGAGGUAGAGUUGUUCCUGAAGUAGGCAAAGUGUAGACUCUGCAGAGGGUUAGCUCGUUCAGACAAAGUUCAGUCUAAUGUGAUGCUUUUGGUUAGUUCCUGAGGAGAGGUUAUGCAAAGGCUCAGAUGGUUGACAGGCAACAGUCUGAUAGCAAAACACCUCCUGUCCUUUUUGUAGAGAAAGGAGGCCUUUACUUAAUAUUUUGUAUUUAUAUAUGGCAUAUCUAUGAAGCCCCAGACCUACCUACCAAACCUAAGGAAGAGGGACAGCAUAGUUUUGUGACUCACACUUUCUUUGUGCUGGCAGCCCACGUAGGAGUUUGUGUUAACCCUUUAAGUGCUCCAAUCCACUGCAUCUUAUUUAAAUCGAAUGCCUUCAUUUCCCCCUCCCCUCCCAGCAUUUAAAGGGUUAAGGCAGUAUGAACUUUUAAAGGCAAAACAAAAAAAGGAGAAGCUAAUCAUUAUUAUCAUAACUACAGUGGUUACUGGAAGGGAAUUUCACUACUUGUGCAUCGACAGGAAUACUUGAAUGUUGGUUUUACCAAGUGAUGUAAAAUGACAAGUUGUACUAUUUGUCCAUAACGAGGGGGCAGCUCCUUUCUCUUUCUAGACUAUCCUAGCUGAGCUGCUCCUUUUCAACUUUGCUUUUGAUAGUUUUGUGUAAAUAUAUACAUAUAUGGGUACAGAAGAAAAGAGAAAGAAACAAAUCCAAAGCUGCUUGGGGCAGCUCUAGGCUUUACUUUUGCAGCAUUUUUAUUUUUGUGGAAUUGUUUGCAACGUGGUUAAAAGUGCAAUAAAGAUAUGGCAAAAUGUGUA